UCUGACUCAUUCGCACAGGUACCCUCUCGUCGUUUUCUCGUUAGCUGGUAAGAUCUCGCACUCUCGCUGCACUGCUUAAUCAACUAUAAAUGUUUCCUCUUGAUUUAUAAAAAAAUCAAGAAUUACUCGCUGCAAUAGUAUCAUUAUUCUGGGGGAAAGAAGAAGGCGAACGGGACGGGGAAGAGUGAAGAGAGUGCGAUGGAUGAAGGUGAGGGAGGGUACGGUGAGAGUGGGGAUCCGAUGGAUCAGUUCCAUCGCAAUGAAGCGAUAUCAGCUGUAGCUGAUGAGGGUUUUUUGGCCGAGGAGGACGACGAUUACGAGGACCUUUACAACGACGUUAAUGUUGGGGAAGGUUUUCUUCAGUCUUUAAGAAAGAACGACGAUUCCGGGCUUCGGAAUGAGGAGGUUGAGGAGAAAAAGACGCAAUCAGCCGCCGUGCCGCCGGAAACUGGUGGUGUUUCUAUCCCGGGUGUCGGUGUCGGUGGUGGUGGUGGUGGUACUGGCGCAGAUGGGAUUCAAAAUCAAGGGUUUAGAGGAAAUGAGAUGGUUGUGAAAGGUAGUGGUGGAUCGGGUACCUCUAUGGGUGUUGGAGGUGGGAUGAGGGUUGAAUUAGGGCAACAACCGGGCAAGUCGAAUGAGAUAGAGGAGCAGAGUGCUAAUAACAGUGUGGUAGUACAAGGCAUGGGGCAGCAACAUCAUGGUGGAGUUGUUGGGAACGUGGGGAAUGAGAAUUUGAUGAGGCAAGGUGGUGGAGGAGGAAAUCUCAAUAGAACUGGUGGCAAUGGGGUUGGGAAUAAUGGGAGUGGUGUCAAUGUGGUCAACACUGGAGGAGGAGCUGCUAUUCCUGGUGGUGGUGGAAGUGGCGGUGGGGGCACCAUUUUAUUUGUUGGUGAUUUACACUGGUGGACUACUGAUGCUGAGUUGGAGGCAGAACUUUGUAAGUAUGGGCCAGUGAAGGAGGUGAAAUUUUUUGAUGAGAAGGCUAGUGGGAAAUCAAAAGGGUAUUGCCAGGUUGAGUUUUAUGAUCCUGCUGCUGCAUCUGCCUGUAAAGAAGGAAUGGCUGGGCAUAUGUUUAAUGGGCGACCAUGCGUUGUUGCUUUUGCUUCUCCUUUUACUGUCAAGAGAAUGGGAGAGGCUCAGGUCAGCAGGAAUCAACAGAUGGCCCAAUCUACUACUUCUCAGGCAAGGAGAGGACCUGCUGAUUCAGGGGCUAAGACGGGUGGGAACAACAUUACUACAGGUGGGAACUACCAAGGUGGAGAUGGCAAUCGAGGCUAUGGGAGAGGUAACUGGGGGAGAGGGAAUAAUCCUGGUAUGGGAAAUAGGGGUCCUGUUAAUCCAAUGAGGAAUAGAGGUGGUGGGAUGGGGGGUAGAGGCAUCAUGGGUAAUGGUGGCAAUGGAUUUGGACAAGGUAUUGGUGCCACCCCGCCUCUGUUGCAUCCUCAGUCAAUGAUGAAUCAGGGUUUUGAUCCUGCAUUUGGAGGGCCUAUGGGUAGAAUGGGUGGCUAUGGAGGCUUUCCAGGUGCUCCAACUCCUCCAUUCUCUGGCAUUUUGCCUUCAUUCCCGGCAGUUGGAGGUGUUGGUUUGCCUGGAGUGGCACCUCAUGUUAAUCCAGCCUUUUUUGGAAGAGGGAUGCCCAUGAAUGGUAUGGGGAUGAUGCCCACUUCAACAGUUGAUGGGCCUAAUAUGGGAAUGUGGUCAGAUCCAAGUAUGGGUGGAUGGGGUGCUGAAGAGCAUGGUGGUGGGAGGGCUGGAGAGUCUAGUUAUGGUGAGGAAGCUGCAUCAGAACAUCAGUAUGGUGAGGUGAGUCAUGAUAGAGGUGGUUGGCCGAAUGCCAUGAGGGAAAAAGAUAGAGGAUCAGAAAGGGACUGGUCUGGCUCCUCUGAACGAAGGUACAAGGAUGAUAGAGAUCCAGGAUAUGAGAGAGAUGCACCUAGAGAAAAAGACAUGGGGCAGGACCAUGAGUGGUCUGAAAGAAGACACCGUGAUGAUAGAGAAGUAGGUCGUGAACGUGAUAGGGAGCGUGACCGUGACCGUGAACGGUCUCGAGACCGUGACCGAGACCGUGAUAGGGAUCGUGAAAGAGACCGUGAACGUGAUAGGUACAAGGAAGAAAGGGACAGAUAUGCUGACCAUCAUAGGUACAGAGAUCGUGAAGCAGACCAUGAGGAUGAGUGGGAGCGGGGAAGGUCAUCAAGGACUCACAGCAAAUCAAGAUUAUCCCAAGAGGACGAUCAUCAUUCUAGAUCUAGGGAUGCUGAUUAUGGGAAGAGGCGACGACUUACAUCUGAGUAACUUAAUAUGAUGUUUAAUAUUUUUAGUAUUUUUGGGAUAACUUUCCAUUGAGGAAGAAUAGAACAGAAGCUGAAAAUUAAGGAUUUGUCAUGGUUGGAUUGACUCUGGUUGCACUCCUCCAGUCCAGAAGUUGUUGAGCAGCUGUUUUGUUUCAAUCUCUUGUUCUGUGUACCUCUCAUCUGAAGCUUGCUUUUGUACUUCUGUGAGAAAGGGACAAUUGUAUUGGGAAAGGAAGCUGUUCAUUCAAUCUCAGUCUUGCUUCGGAGAUCAAGUGGACCUUGUUGAGUGUCGAAGAGACAAGUCAUGACAAUCCAUUGCCUACAUUGAAAAGUGGAACAUUUGCUAUGAAGUUAUUAGCUUUUGUUUUGGAUUUAUGUUUAGUUCAAAUGAUAAACCAACGUUGUUGUAUUGGGUUGAACUUAUGGAAGUUUGAAAUGUGGUAGACUAUUUUGAACUUUAAUGUAUGACAUGUGGUAGACUAUUUAGAACUAUUUGUAUGAUUGAUGUAUUAGGAUUUAGCUGAGGAUGUUUGUAAUGUGCCUUUUCUGAUUUGCUGGCUGUUGUAUCAUUUCUUCCCAGUUGUUGUGUUUUACCCCCAACCUUUGUUAGUAUACCACACGGAUGAGCAUGCGAUUUUUGUA